AUGAAAGCACCUGUUUUUCCUGUUUUUAGUCUCAAAACUUACUACAAUUAUGUGAUAGCAGCUGGCGGCGGUGGAAGUAAAGAUUUUGGUAAAAAAAAUGGAAUACUAAUUCUUGACGAGACAACUUACAAAGACAUAGCAUUUUAUGAAACUGAAGAUAUAAUUGUUGGACUCAGUAUAUCUAGGGGAGAAAUGUGCCUAGAAAUAGAUGAUCUAAGAAGGGAUGAAGAAGAUAGUAGCAUCAGUACCUCUACAAAAAGUUUAAGUGGCGUACUAAACGAUUUUCCGCUAUUUUUUGCAGGCAGGGGUACAAACUUUAUUUAUGUAUGCAAAUUUGAUGGAACAAGUUUAACUCCAAUCAACAAAAUAGAGAAAUCUGCCAAUGUAUUGUUAUUUAAAAGACAUCUUCUAUUUAUUUCAAAUAAAAAACUUUUUGCAAUUUAUGAUGCAAUACACAAAAUAAGAGAAGUUAAAAAGACAAAAAAGUACAACAAACAGAGUUCAACUAAUACUUUAGUAGAAGACGAAAUACAGGAAGAAUAUAUUUAUGCACUAAAAAAAGUAGGAAAUAAAAUAUUGGUAGAAAGGGAAGAAGGAAAAACUGACAUACCAAAUACAUGGGACGAUUUUUUUAUAGUAGGAAAUCGCAUACACAAGGUGGCCAUUGAAAAUCAAGAAUAUUCUUUUGUAUUUAAUGGCAAAAAAUAUUCUUAUCAACAAGAAAUUGGAGAUAUUGCUUGUUUAGGAGAUGAAACCUUAGUAUUUUAUUUAAAGGGGGUUGAUUCACAGUUAAUAUUUUUAGGGAAAACUCAAGCUUUUUUUAAAAUACCGAAAAUUACAUGUAUGACAAUUGACAGUGACGAGUUUGUCUCUAUAGGAACUGCAGACGGUAAGGGAUAUUUAUUUAAAAAUUUUAAGCUGUUUUGUGAAAAAAAGCUAUGUGAUUUAUCGAUAACUGGAAUUUCAUAUGAAAAGGGAUAUUUUUACUACAGUUCAUUUAAUGGAUUAGUGAAUCGUAAAAAAGUUUUCAGUCUUUUGAAAAUGUUAUUGAUAAUAUUCUUUAUAUUAAUGAUGUUUAUAGCAAUUGUAAUUCAAAUGUUUAGGAAAAAAAAUGAAUUGGUCGAAAAUUAA